AUGAAGGGGGCCGGCGCUCAGCCGACUCGGGUGUUGGUGGUGCAUUGCUCGCCCCUGGUGGCAGGGGCGCUAACCGCGGCUCUGGGUACCCGCGAUAACUUGCAAGUCGCUGCCGCCCACGGACCCCGCUGGCAGGGCGAGCCAGCGGCCGGGUCUCCGGACGUAGUCCUGAUCGACGCACUCGGCGGUCUGCAGCAGGCACGGGAAGCGGCCCGUUGGACCCGCCGUCACAACCCGCAGGCCAAAGUGGUAGCGCUGGGCAUCGAGCGCGACCGUGAGGCGCUGGCCUUGAUCGAGGAGGGAGCCUGCGGCCACCUACCCAAGUCGGCCGACUUGGCCGAUUUGCAUCAGGUGCUCGAUGAUGUGCUCGACCACCGGCCACCCUGCUCACCACGACUGGCCGCCAGCGUUCUCCGCCGGAUCACCGAGCUAGCCGAGAAACUGCCCUCUACAACAGAGGAGAAGCCAGCGGUGCGGCUGACGCCGCGAGAAGAUCAAGUGCUACGCCUGCUCGGCAACGGCCUGCUCAACAAAGAGAUUGCACGGCAGUUGGGAAUCAGCUUGCCGACGGUCAAGAAUCACGUCCACAAGAUCCUCGACAAGCUGAGCGUCGAGGGUCGCCGGCAAGCGAUCCGUCGCGCUGUCGAGCUCGGAUUACUGCCCCAAAUGGCGCCAGGCUGGCUGGCGGAGGAGGCUUGA